AGAGAACCACUUCGUGGAGACGCUGGUACGCAAGCGGUGCUCCGCCCUCGGUGUCUCACUCAGGUGCGCGACUGUUCGUGUGUCGGAGGAGCAUUGCGGAGCUGCAGGGAGAGCAGAGGGGAUACAGUCAUGUCAGACAGCGGGAAUGCACAGUCACAGGACGGAGGAUCCCACGGCGAGGAUAGUACGAGCCGGGUGACGAGCCCAAGUGUGGGCAACAGAGUGACCGUGGUGCUCGGAGCGCAGUGGGGCGAUGAAGGGAAAGGAAAGGUGGUGGACCUGCUGGCUCAGGACGCUGACAUGGUCUGCAGAUGUCAGGGGGGCAACAAUGCAGGACACACGGUUGUGGUUGAUUCAGUGGAAUAUGAUUUCCACCUUCUACCCAGCGGGAUUAUCAACCCUAAGGUCACUGCCUUCAUUGGUAAUGGUGUAGUCAUUCACCUGCCUGGCCUAUUCGAGGAGGCUGAGAAGAAUUUGCGGAAAGGAAAAGGUCUGGAAGGCUGGGAGAAAAGGCUCAUCAUCUCUGAUCGUGCACACAUCGUGUUUGAUUUCCAUCAAGCUGUGGAUGGAGUCCAGGAACAGGAGAGGCAACAGCAAGCUGGCAAAAAUUUGGGAACAACUAAGAAGGGAAUCGGCCCCGUGUAUUCAGCAAAAGCAGCUCGCAGUGGCCUGAGGAUAUGUGACCUUCUGGCUGACUUUAAGGAUUUCUCAGAGAGAUUUAAAAAUUUGGCCUCGCAGUAUAAGUCUAUGUACCCUUCACUGGAGAUCGAUGUGGAUGGGGAACUUGCGAAACUCAAGACAUAUGUAGAUAGGAUAAAGCACAUGGUGAGAGAUGGAGUCUUCUUCAUGUAUGAGGCGCUACAUGGACCUCCAAAAAAGAUCCUGGUGGAAGGUGCCAAUGCUGCCUUGCUGGACAUUGACUUUGGGACAUAUCCUUUCGUGACUUCCUCAAACUGCACUGUGGGAGGGGUGUGUACGGGUCUGGGCAUGCCACCCCAGAACGUGGGUGAAGUCUAUGGAGUAGUCAAAGCCUACACCACGAGAGUUGGGAUUGGGGCUUUCCCUACUGAACAGAGCAACGAAACUGGAGAGCUCUUGCAGACGAGAGGCAAGGAAGUGGGCGUGACCACAGGUCGCAAAAGGAGAUGUGGUUGGCUGGAUCUGGUGCUUAUCAAAUAUGCCCACAUGAUUAAUGGCUUCACAGCCAUAGCUCUCACCAAACUAGACAUCUUAGAUAUGCUUCCUGAGAUCAAAGUUUGUGUGGCAUACAAAUUAGAUGGUGAAACCAUCCCACAUUUCCCAGCAAACCAAGAAGUGCUACAGAAGGUUGAAGUGCAGUAUGAGACUCUGCCAGGCUGGAAUACAGACACGUCUGCUGUCCGGACCUUUGAUGAGCUUCCAGAAAAUGCAAAAAAAUACGUCUGCUACAUCGAAGAUCAGUUGGGUGUGCCUGUGAAGUGGAUUGGUGUUGGGAAGUCAAGGGAAUCAAUGAUCCAGCUCUUUUAAGAGGCUGCUUGGCCUGCAUGUAGCACUGGCUGGAUUAUGCUCUGGACUCGGGGACUCGGUGCCGGAGACGGGAAGUUGCCUUACAGCCCGUUUAAAUCGAAUAUUUCCCUAUAUUUUGGUAUCAUGCAAGAUCUUGGCAUCAUGUAACUGUUUCUCAUCUGUUCUCCUCUGGUAUUUCGAGCUCUCGUAAGCUCAGUAUCUCCAUCUUAAGUUCAUACGCUGUACAUGUGCUACUACUUCAAACAGUCAGGCAUCAGAAGUUGUUAUAUAUACAUUUUUCACACAGGUAAAACAAGUACUUAAACAUAUUUAAUGUUUUUGCUUCUUUUAUCAUACAAAAAUGGUUAUGCGAUGUGUAUUACCACAUU